AUGACAUCUCCUGGCCGUCCACUACGCCGGACUGCGGCCACCGCACGAGUGUUGAACGCGCACUGCUUGGAUUUGCUGGAGACUCCGGAUUACGUCGUUCUCCGUUCAUUUCGGCGCAGUUCGUCUUCUGGUUCAUCUGACUCGGCUCUUGGCUUGGAUGCUCCAGGGACAUCGGCACACCCGCUGACCGUGUCAGGGGAUUCUGAGUCCACAGCGGAAGACCCUGGGUCGGCUGACGAACUCAGCCCAGUCGACUCGGACGAUCUCCACGGUACUCCGUCGUCCCCUUCUCUUCCGCCUCCGCACGGGAAACUUCAGAGCUACAUGACAGCCCGUCAAUCUCCUCUUGUCCCUUCCAGUGAGUCGGGCGAUUCAGACUCGCAGCCGAGUUCCAAGAAGCAGAGCGGCAAGGGCAAGCGCAAGCGGAGGCGCAAGCACAAGCACGAGCACAAACACAAGUCAAAGUCGAAGUCGAAGUCCAAGCCGGCAGGGUCGAAGAAAUCGAAGAGGUCUGCGUCUCCGGACUCGGCUAAGGACCCCCGCCCGUCCAAGCGUCAGCGAGGUUCGACUGGGGACUCGGCCAGCGGCCCGGCUGGGUUUUCGGCAGCUUCCAGCUCGACAAGCAACUCGCCUGGGAGCUCUGGUAUCACAUCGAGGUCGGCUGUUUUGCCGUCGCCUAUUUCUGCUGGUCCAGCUUCAACCCUGUCGGUCCCUAUCGUGACCGCUCACGACGAUGCUGGCGCCCACGUUCUCCCUCAGUUGCCAGCAGCUUUACGCUAUUCGCUCGCUCAGCUGCGCACUCGAGCUCGCCAGGCGGUCGGUCGAGAUGCCCGGAUCACUCCCCAGCUAGCUCAGCUGCGUGACAUCCGCUUCGUUCAUUACGGGUCUCGGCGGUGCUGGGAGGCUAUCCUCAGGAUUAAAACGUUCGCGGAUGUCUACCAUCCGGCUCACCCGGCUCAGCGGCUCCUUCGUCUGCUUCCCAAGACUCCCAUCUUCUUCUCCCCUCAAGUCCUCGACGAUGCCAAGCGCCGGUUGGCGAACACGGUGAAGUCGGUGACUUUGAUGGAGCGUCUCGCAGAAGUGUUCGUGAAGAUCCGUGGGGAGGCUCCGAAGUUGGCUUGUGACAAAGAGGGUCCCACCAAGUUCUUCGUAGCGCUUAUCGAGCGGUGUCACUGGAUGGUCGAGUCGAGUGUGCUGAUGGGGCUCCAUCCGGCUUUUCACACGGGGCUCCCGUAUCACCUGAUAGCCGAGAUGUAUGACACGUGGGUGCUGUACAAGUUGGCUCGCAAGCUGAUGAAGCUUCUCGGCGGGCUUGCUGCCCCGGAAAUCGAUGCGGAGCUUUUCUUCGAGCCGUCGGUCCCGUUGUAUCCGCUGUUCAUGGUUUUCGCUCCUGCUGGGCUCGAUCCGCGCAUCAUCGAGGAUGCCAUCGAAGAGGACGUGGGUCUCGACGAGCCAGCUCCUCUCCAGAUUUCGUCGAGUGCUCCAGUCCCAGCCAACCGAGCUGGGAUUCGCAUCUUCCAAGGUUGUGAAGUCGGCGAACUCGGCUGGGCUGCUGGUGACGUGGAUCCGACGUCUCCGCUGAUCGAGUCGCCCAACCUGUGCGGCCCUUCUCCGACAGCGUCUCUCUUCGGCCCUGCAUCGCCUGGAUCUCCAACCGAUCUGCGUGCGUCUGUUUCUGCUGACUCGGCUACUCCUGAUUCUAGCUCGGCGGACUCGGCUGUUCCAACUUCGGGCUCGGUGGACUCGGCUGCAGGGGACACGGAGGCAGUAAGUAACUCGGCCGGGCUUGCCACGAGCCUUCUCGCUGCAGCUGCAGCUACGGCUCCUUCGUAG